GUUCCACUUCCACACUUUCACGUUCUGGUUCAGUUCUCAAUGAAACCAUUCUAACAUGGGACUGGUAACUGUUCUUCAGCUUCAACUGCAGCCAUCAUUAUCGUUCUCCCUUGAUUUUGGUGGAAGGUUUUCAUGCUCCUCAACCUCAAACUCCACACUUCUAAGGGUUUCUGUCAAGUGCUCUGCUCUUUCAACACCGUUAUCGUUAGGCCAAAUUGCAAUGAAUUGUACUGAGGCUGUGAAAGGUGAGAAGGGAAAUGAAGUGGAGUCAACUAAUAUACUGGAAUUCAUUGACCAAUGUACAAACACAAUGCAGCUAAAGCAAAUACAUGCUCACAUGCUCCGCACAUCCCGCUUUUGUGAUCCAUAUACUGCCAGCAAAUUGCUGACUGCUUAUGCUAUCUCAUCAUGCUCUUGCCUCAUAUAUGCUAAAAAUGUGUUUAAUCAAAUCCCGCAACCAAAUCUCUAUUGUUGGAACACCCUUAUUCGUGGAUAUGCCUCCAGCUCAGACCCUACUCAGAGUUUCUUGAUUUUUUUACAUAUGCUACAUUCCUGUUCAGAAUUCCCAAACAAAUUCACUUUCCCCUUUCUCUUCAAGGCAGCCUCGCGGCUCAAAGUUCUGCAUCUUGGAAGCGUUUUACAUGGAAUGGUUAUUAAGGCAUCCUUGUCUUCAGACUUGUUCAUACUGAAUUCGCUGAUAAAUUUCUAUGGUUCAAGUGGGGCACCGGAUUUGGCUCAUAGAGUUUUCACCAACAUGCCAGGAAAAGAUGUCGUUUCUUGGAAUGCUAUGAUAAAUGCCUUUGCACUUGGGGGCUUGCCUGAUAAGGCAUUGCUUUUGUUUCAGGAAAUGGAGAUGAAAGAUGUGAAACCAAAUGUUAUCACAAUGGUUAGUGUUCUUUCAGCUUGUGCAAAGAAGAUAGACUUGGAAUUUGGAAGGUGGAUCUGUUCAUAUAUUGAAAACAAUGGGUUUACUGAGCACUUGAUUUUGAAUAACGCAAUGCUUGACAUGUAUGUUAAAUGCGGUUGUAUUAAUGAUGCAAAAGAUUUGUUUAAUAAGAUGUCAGAGAAAGAUAUUGUUUCUUGGACGACAAUGCUUGACGGUCAUGCCAAAUUAGGAAAUUAUGAUGAGGCUCACUGUAUAUUUGAUGCAAUGCCUCAUAAAUGGACUGCUGCAUGGAAUGCCCUGAUCUCUGCAUAUGAACAGAAUGGAAAGCCUAGGGUGGCUUUGUCACUCUUCCAUGAAAUGCAGCUCAGUAAGGAUGCAAAACCAGAUGAAGUUACUCUUAUUUGUGCAUUGUGUGCUAGUGCCCAGUUGGGGGCAAUUGAUUUUGGUCACUGGAUUCAUGUAUACAUAAAGAAGCAUGACAUUAAUCUAAACUGUCAUUUAGCAACCUCUCUCCUUGAUAUGUAUGCUAAAUGUGGAAAUCUAAAUAAGGCGAUGGAGGUGUUUCAUGCAGUAGAAAGGAAAGAUGUGUAUGUUUGGAGUGCCAUGAUUGGUGCUCUGGCGAUGUACGGGCAAGGGAAAGCAGCCUUAGAUUUGUUCUCAAGCAUGUUAGAAGCUUAUAUCAAGCCAAAUGCUGUGACAUUUACAAACAUAUUGUGUGCUUGUAACCAUGCAGGACUGGUCAAUGAGGGAGAGCAACUUUUUGAACAAAUGGAACCAUUAUACGGUAUUGUGCCUCAAAUACAACACUACGUUUGCGUGGUUGACAUAUUUGGACGUGCAGGUCUUCUGGAAAAAGCUGCAUCAUUCAUAGAGAAGAUGCCAAUACCACCAACUGCUGCUGUGUGGGGAGCUUUGCUCGGGGCCUGUAGUCGCCAUGGAAAUGUCGAGCUUGCUGAACUUGCUUAUCAGAAUCUACUUGAAUUAGAACCUUGUAACCAUGGAGCCUUUGUCCUUUUAUCAAAUAUAUAUGCUAAAGCAGGGGACUGGGAGAAAGUUUCCAAUCUAAGAAAGCUUAUGAGAGAUUCUGAUGUGAAGAAAGAACCUUGGUGUAGCUCAAUCGAUGUUAAUGGUAUUGUGCAUGAGUUUCUGGUGGGUGAUAACUCCCAUCCUUUUUCUCAAAAAAUCUACUCAAAGUUGGAUGAAAUUUCAGAAAAGUUUAAGCCAAUUGGUUACAAACCAGACAUGUCUAACCUUUUGCAACUUAGUGAAGAAGAUAACUUAAUGGAGCAGUCCCUGAAUGUUCAUAGCGAAAAAUUGGCAAUAGCUUUUGGACUUAUUAGCACUGCAUCGUCUCAACCGAUUCGAAUAGUGAAGAAUAUUCGCAUUUGUGGAGACUGCCAUGCCUUUGCUAAACUUGUUUCUCAACUUUAUGAUAGAGAUAUAUUGUUGAGAGACCGCUAUCGUUUCCAUCAUUUCAGAGGAGGGAAAUGCUCAUGCCUGGAUUAUUGGUGAGUUAUGCAAUGUUUCACAAUGUAUAGAUGGAGGAGAAUGGAGGAAAAGAGGUGGAAGAAGAUUUUCAUUUCCUAAGUAGGAUAAUUUUAAAAUGUUGAAGCUAAGCCAGCAUGUUUCGUCCAAAGGAAAUAGCUAAUGACAAGUGGUAAAUUAUGUUAAUGAUUAAGGGUUAAUUGCUUA